AUUUUAUUUGUAUACGUCACUUUCACUAUCACAAAUUUUCUGAAGCUCAAAAUAGUUAUAAAACAAAACAGCGAAUAUUAUUCUGAUUAUAUUCCAGAAGCAUAAAUAGUGACCAAAAUGGCUGGCAUACCUUUGAUGUAUGCUCAAGAAGACUGCGAACUUGGAGGAAAGGAUAAUAUCGAGGACGACUUUGCAUAUCGCAACAAUGUGAUCAAUGCAGACAGGGAAAUUCGCCUGGGCUUCAUCCGCAAGGUGUAUGGGCUGCUGACCAUUCAGCUGCUGGCCACAGUAUCCAUCGCCGCAGUGUUCCUGCUUGUCAAGCCUGUGCAGGGGUUCAUACAUGAGAAUAACUGGAUGGUGUUCAUAGCAUUCAUCCUGAGCAUGGUAACGCUGUUCGCGCUAAUCGCCAAAAGGAGGGACUACCCCGCCAAUCUCUACCUGUUGGCUGGCUUUACUGCGGUACAAGCGUACACAAUAGGUGUAGUUGUGUCCUACUACAACACGGCUGUGGUUCUACAAGCUCUCGCUCUCACCUUCACUGUGGUGUUCGCGCUGACACUCUUCACUCUCAACACCAAACGCGACUUCUCCUUCAUUGGAUAUGGCUUGGGAGCGGGUCUAUGCGUGCUCAUCGUGGGAGGUAUAUUACAGAUCUUCCUCCAAAGCUCAGUCUUCGAGUUCGCUCUGUCGUUCACGGGCGCGGUCUUUUUCAGCCUCUUCCUCAUCUUCGACACGCAUCAGAUGAUGACCGUCCUCUCUCCCGAGGAGUACAUCCUGGCUACUAUCAACUUGUACAUGGACAUACUUAACCUGUUCCUGUACAUAUUGCGUAUACUCAAUGAGUUGAACAGGAAUUAGGUGUUUGUAUUGCAGAGUUUGAUCCAAUUCGUUUUGUUUUUUAAAUUAUAUUGUUUUAACGGUGAUCGCAAUUGAUUUUCUCUUCGCCAAUUUUGAUGGUAUUCGUAAGUCGAAACAAAAUAACGUCAACGUAAAAUGGACCUAAAGAUUGUUGAUUUAAAGUCAACAAUUCAGUACCAUUUGAUUUUUAUUAUCGCAACAUUUCCGCUUGGAGCGCUGACUGUUAAUAAGUGUACGUGCAAUAAAACAAGGCCGUUAGGGGCCAUUUUACUUCAACGCUUAAGUGUUUUGACUCUCAAAUACUAUCAACGUUUUGGUGAGAAGUAAAAUCUUAUACUGAGCGUACAAUGUGCAGUUAUAUGCCUGUUGUUUAGAUUGAACUAAUUGUUUUACGCUCACUCCCAGACUAUAGUAUAGGUUUUGCUGUCAGUUUUGCCGGUCAUUGCUGUAACUGACUGAUAACAUACCUAUUUAUUUCAUUUUUAUUUUUCUUAUACCAAAAUUGUAGUUACAAAGUUAUAAUAAAUUAAGUUACAUUGGAAAUGCUUUUCUCUAAACAGAGAUUUCUUCCAGCUUCCCACUUACCAUCUGUUGCGAUGACUUAUGAUUAUAUAUGGGUGAAACUCUGAUCUAUCACUUGUGAUUAACAAAAUUGACGAUGCAGAACCUAGUCUACUGAAUGCAAAAAAAAAAACUAAAUGCAUAAAAGACGAAUUGGACUGGAAUUAAGUUUAAUUUUGUCUUGUA